GAGCGGCCACUGCUCCAACCACAGCCACCACGGCCACAGUCGCAGCCGCCGCAGCCUCGGCCGCCGGCAAGUAGCUCCGAGUCGCUGCUUCCUGGGCGCGCCGACGCGGACCCGGGCGUCGCGCUCUGCCCGUUCCGCGCCCGAGCCAUGCCCCGCAGCCACGCUUAAUCGCCUCGCCAGGGCCAAAGCCGACCCGACCCUGUGCACCGUUCCUCGCCCGAACCCAGCUUUCAGUGCACUUAACUCCCUCGGUCUUCGCCUGCCCCUCUCGACCAUGACCCGGGUGAGUGCGCUCGGGGCCCUUGUGCCACUGCUGCUGCCUCUCCUGCUACUGUUGCUGCCGCUGCCCCGCGACGCCGGGGGGCUCGGGGAGCGCUCGGAAGCCGCCUGGGACUACUCGGCGCUGGAAGGCGAGGAGGGCGCAGAGCAGCAGCUGGAGCAUUACCAUGACCCGUGCAAAGCCGCUGUCUUUUGGGGAGACAUUGCCUUAGAUGAAGAGGACCUGAAGUUAUUUCACGUCGAUAAGGCCCAUGACUGGAUCAGGCAGUCAGGCGAGGAAGUGGGACAUGGCACAGGUGGGCUUGGAGAGCAGCCUUCUGAGAGCUGGCCAAACACUACAGCCAUGAAUACCAGCAGCCAGGAAGCUAGAGAGGAUGGCAAGGAGAAUGCCAUGCUUCCACAGAGCCCUGGGAACUUGCAUGCUGGAGCAGAGACCUUCUCUCCCCGGGUCCGAAGAGCCACAACCUCAAGGACAGAGAGGAUUUGGCCGGGAGGGGUCAUCCCCUACGUCAUCGGAGGGAACUUCACUGGAAGCCAGAGGGCCAUUUUUAAGCAGGCCAUGAGACACUGGGAGAAGCAUACCUGUGUGACCUUCGUGGAGAGGACGGAUGAAGAAAGCUUCAUUGUGUUCAGUUACAGAACCUGUGGCUGUUGUUCCUAUGUUGGGCGCCGCGGAGGAGGCCCGCAAGCCAUAUCUAUUGGGAAAAACUGUGACAAAUUUGGCAUUGUAGCACACGAGCUGGGCCAUGUGGUUGGGUUCUGGCAUGAACACACCCGGCCAGACAGAGACCAGCAUGUUACCAUCAUCAGAGAAAACAUCCAGCCAGGUCAGGAGUAUAAUUUCUUAAAAAUGGAAGCUGGGGAAGUGAGCUCUCUGGGAGAGACGUACGACUUUGACAGCAUCAUGCACUACGCCCGGAACACCUUCUCAAGAGGGGUUUUCUUAGACACCAUCCUCCCCCGUCGAGAUGACAAUGGCGUCAGGCCAACCAUUGGCCAGCGCGUGCGGCUCAGCCAGGGAGACAUAGCCCAAGCCAGGAAGCUGUACAAAUGCCCAGCGUGUGGGGAGACCCUGCAGGACACAACGGGAAACUUCUCUGCGCCUGGUUUUCCAAAUGGCUACCCCUCUUAUUCCCACUGCGUCUGGAGGAUAUCGGUCACUCCAGGGGAAAAGAUCGUCUUAAACUUCACAUCCAUGGAUUUGUUUAAAAGCCGUCUGUGCUGGUACGACUAUGUGGAGGUCCGGGACGGUUAUUGGAGGAAAGCCCCCCUGUUGGGUAGGUUUUGUGGUGACAAAAUCCCGGAGCCCCUCAUCUCCACAGACAGCCGGCUCUGGGUGGAAUUCCGAAGCAGCAGCAACAUCCUGGGCAAGGGUUUCUUCGCGGUGUAUGAAGCUACCUGUGGGGGAGACAUUAACAAAGACGCCGGUCAGAUUCAAUCUCCUAACUACCCGGAUGACUACAGACCUUCCAAGGAAUGUGUUUGGAAGAUUACGGUUUCGGAGGGGUUUCACGUGGGGCUUAGCUUCCAAGCUUUUGAGAUUGAAAGGCAUGACAGCUGUGCAUACGACUACCUGGAAAUCCGCGACGGCCCCACGGAAGAAAGUGCUCUGAUUGGCCACUUUUGUGGCUACGAGAAACCAGAGGAUGUGAAGUCCAGCUCCAACAGAAUGUGGAUGAAGUUUGUGUCCGAUGGCUCUAUCAAUAAAGCGGGCUUUGCAGCCAAUUUUUUCAAGGAGGUGGAUGAAUGCUCCUGGCCAGAUCACGGCGGGUGUGAACAGCGCUGUGUGAAUACCCUGGGCAGCUACAAGUGCGUGUGUGAUCCUGGCUACGAGCUGGCCGCUGAUAAGAAGGCGUGUGAAGUAGCCUGUGGCGGUUUCAUUACCAAGCUGAAUGGAACCAUCACCAGUCCUGGGUGGCCGAAGGAGUACCCCACAAACAAAAAUUGCGUCUGGCAGGUGGUGGCCCCCGCACAGUACCGGAUCUCCCUGCAGUUUGAAGUCUUUGAACUGGAAGGCAACGAUGUGUGUAAGUAUGACUUCGUGGAGGUGCGCAGUGGCCUGUCCCCUGACGCCAGGCUGCAUGGCAAGUUCUGCGGCUCCGAGAUGCCCGAGGUCAUCACAUCGCAGAGCAACAACAUGCGCCUGGAGUUCAAGUCCGACAACACCGUCUCCAAGCGUGGCUUCAGGGCCCACUUCUUCUCAGACAAAGACGAGUGCGCCAAGGACAACGGCGGGUGCCAGCACGAGUGUGUCAACACCGUCGGGAGCUACCUGUGCAGGUGCAGGAACGGCUACCGUCUGCAUGAGAACCAGCAGGAUUGCAAAGAGGCUGGCUGUGCACACAAGAUCAGCAGUGCAGAGGGGACCCUGGUGAGCCCCAACUGGCCUGACAAAUACCCAAGCCGGAGGGAGUGUACCUGGAACAUCUCUUCAACCGCGGGCCACAGGGUGAAACUUACAUUUAAUGAGUUCGAGAUCGAGCAGCACCAGGAAUGUGCCUACGACCACCUGGAACUGUACGACGGGCCCGACAGCCUGGCCCCGGUCCUCGGCCGUUUCUGUGGCAGCAAGAAGCCAGACCCCGUGGUGGCUUCGGGCAACAGCCUGUUUCUCCGGUUUUAUUCGGACGCCUCCGUGCAGAGGAGAGGAUUCCAGGCCAUGCACAGCACGGAGUGCGGGGGCAGGCUGAAGGCCGAGGUGCAGACCAAAGAGCUCUAUUCCCAUGCCCAGUUUGGGGACAACAACUACCCGAGCCAAGCCCGCUGCGACUGGGUGAUCGUGGCGGAGGACGGCUACGGCGUGGAGCUGAUAUUCCGGACCUUUGAGGUCGAGGAGGAAGCCGACUGUGGCUACGACUAUAUGGAGGCUUACGACGGCUAUGACAGCACGGCGCCCAGGCUCGGCCGCUUCUGCGGCUCCGGGCCAUUGGAAGAAAUCUACUCUGCAGGGGAUUCUCUGAUGAUUCGAUUCCAUACGGAUGACACCAUCAACAAGAAAGGCUUUCACGCCCGGUACACCAGCACCAAGUUCCAAGAUGCCCUGCACAUGAAGAAAUAAUAUGGCUGUUCUUGAAAGAUGGGGACGGAGACUUUAAAAAAUAAUAAUAAUAGCACCUUGUGAAUCUGCUGUAAAGCAGUGUACAGUAUUUUUCUCAAACAAAAAAAACUCAAAAUCUGGUCUUGGAGGUAUAUGUAUCUGAUGAAGUUCGGCCAAAACAAGGAGGAGAGACGUUCCUUUGAUUCUGGCUGCAGUGUUAUCAAUCAUGGAAUUUUAAUGAUUAAGAUCUGACGUCACUGACUACUCAAGCCAUGCCGCUCAUUCUCAUUGUCCUUUGCUCCUUUGGGGUGAACCCCCACUCUUGGGUGGGUCAUUCCUUUAUUUCUGGACAUGCUUCCAUGGGUAUCAGGCAGUGUGACCGUGUUCUAGAGACUCGGGCUGUCUUCUGUCUACACCAGGUAAUGAGGAUAAAAGCUCAUGUGCUCCCCACAGCUUUGGCUGGAGACUUGGGCUAGCUCUCUUCUGGGGACAUGUCACCCAGGAAACCCAAGAUUAUGGGUGUCAGGACUAAAAAAGGCAUCGCAGUAAGUAGCACCUAGAGGGGCUGGUGUAUGAGGAUCUCCGUCCCGGAGCUGGGAGACCUCCAGCCUUUCCUGUCCUUGGGCUUCCCAUGCUGGGCCUCCCCCAUCUCUAAUUACAUUAGGGGACUAAGGAAGCCACUAAGAUUUCCAGCAUAACAUCUACUGGUGAGAGUCCCCCGUCUUCUGGGGUGUGGGGGGACCAUCCCAGCUCAUCCUGAUACUCCUGCACUUGCCAACUUGGAAAAGAUGCCACCUGGCCUUGGGAUUCCAUGGGCUGAGAACACCUGGUCCUCCAGCUUUGGAGGCACUUACUUGCUGUGGUUGACCUUGACUCUUGACGACCAAUUCAAACUGCACUUGCAAGGCGUGCAAAGACAUCUUAUGAAGGAGACCAUUCAGGUCCCAUAUGGGGUGAACUUCAUCGAAAACUUGGUUAAUGUUAUGGAAGAAGCAACCCCUGGGGGAACAAGUCCACCUGCAACAAACUUCCUGAAACCAGUCAGGUUGAAGAGCGCGUUGGUGACUUUGCUGAGACUGACUAGCAUCCCAUCACCAGCUUGCAAUCAGAGUACACCACCCUUGGCACUUGUUCUACAGAAGGGUAGAGGAUGUUGUUUACAUAAUUUUAGAACCUCCAGGUAUACUUUAAACAGCGAGGUAGUUUUGAAUGGCAUUUCAUUAAGGCAUCUAUGGGCAUUAUGAGCUAAAAGCUGUGGUAUGUUAGCUUUAAAAGAGUAUUUAUGUUGGAAUAAUUUUUAAAUAAUGUUUACAUAACCAUUAAGUCCUGUGUGGUUGGUAUUGAACACAGGACAGCGCAUGAGAUUGUUUUCUCUGAGAGCCAAGAUAGCUCCCGAGCACCUGAAUUCCUUUGGGAUAAAUCUACAUCAUUUUAAACAAUGUAUUUGCAAAAGAUUAAAGGUUAUAUUUUUUAAAGAUCAGGAUAUGCCCCCAGAGGACUAUGUCUCAUUAAAAUGACUGCUGGGAGUUUAAAAAAAAAAAAAGAUGAAAAGGGUGAAAAAUACAAAGAAAGAUAGGAGGAAUGCAUGGGAAUAUUUUUUUCCUUAAAACAGAAAAAAAAAUCAAAGUAUUAUUAAUAAUAAUAUAUGUCUGUAUAUAUGUAUGUAUGUGAAGGAUCAGCUGACCGAGCCUUAAUCAGUACAGUGUGAUAAAUACCGACCCACUGACUGUAGCUUUACUGAGUAGGGCCCUUCAUCUUCUGGGUCUUCUCUCACCAAGCCCUGUCUUGGCCCUGGAUGGAGGAUCAGCCUACAUUCCUUUUUAUUUUUACUUUUUUUUUUUUUUUUUUUUUGGCUUUUUUAGGGCCCCACCUGCGGCAUAUGAAGGUUCCCAGGCUAGGGGUCCAAUCGGAGCUGUAGCUGGCAACCUACACCAGAGCCACAGCAACACCAGAUCCGAGCCGCGUCUGAGACCUAUAGCACAGCUCAUGGUAACGCUGGAUCCUUAACCCACUGAACGAGGUCAGGGAUCGAACCCACAACCUCAUGGUUCCUAGUCGGAUUCCUUUCCACUGCGCCACGAUGGGAACUCCUCAGCUUACGUUCUUAUAUCGUGAUUUAUCACAGCCCCGGUCCCAGAGGGUCCUUGAUUCAGCAGACGGAGCAGCUUGUCACGUGGUCUGGGUCUUACCCGCCUCCUUGGGUAGAUUCCGUUUCUCUGAUUUCUGUGUUUGGGGGGGGUGCUUUAAUUUUGUCUCCUCUUCUCUGUCAAAGUUGAAACUGAAAUGGGGAUGCCUAAGGUAGCUGUUAAAGGUCGCUCUCCAAGGACAUGAAAACUCUGUAGUUUCAGCCUUUAGAAGUUUAAAUAAGAUUAAUGGUUUCCCUGGAAAACUGGAGGGGGCAGAUGUCAGAAACAGAGUCAGCUCUGCGUCAGGAUUUGCCCCCUUGUGAAACAAUGGUCCUUAUUUGUCUCUCUUUAGUAUGGCUAUUUUUAAAAAUGCACAACUUCAACAAUUAUCAGCCUAUGACCAAUUGGAAACAAUGGGACGCUUGUGAAAACCUUUAUUCAGGCCUUCUGUGCGUGAUGUAUUCCCAGAAAGGACAGGCUCGGAUUCGGCUGGGGCUGGCCAGGCUGCCGCCCUGGAAGCUCACAGAACCUGCGUACAACGCAGGUUCUGUGAGGAGCUGCAUGGCCAGCUUCCCAAGGGCAAGUCCCUCAGCAGAAAGAGCCAGGCCCCAGCCUUGGCACUUCCAAAUGCUCAGUGACCUUCCUGCACACCUGCCAGGGGACAUUACCCCUGCCUGCUUUGUCCUUUAACUGGAGAUCGGGCCCUGGGGCUGUCCAGCACUCUAAGACUGGCUUCAGACCAGAGAAUUAUCUUGACCUGAUGGAAAAUUCGGGGGCUAGGUCUUUGGUCCGGUCCAGUUCUCGUGUAAUCGGGUCUAGCUGAUGUUAGAACCUGGACCUGGAUCCAGGGCCCGGUGGGUGUCUGGAGUUAACUUCAGCCUGUGGAAUGUCUCCAUACAGAAAACGAGGCUGUGCGUUGAUUUGCUCGAAGACUCUUUCCCUCCAAAGUUAAGUUUCAGAUGAUUCAUGAAACGUUCGGCCUGGCGAAAUCAUUUGUAAAAUCUCGUUCACUGGUGAAUCACACUGGGGUUUGCCAUUGAUCUGGUCCGCUUGGUAUGUCGCAGAGAAUUUCAUAGUAUUGUUAUUUUUCAAGGUCUGAAUGAAUGUUCCCUUGGCUUCAGCUGAUGUUUUUCAAGUUUCCUUUGUAGACCGACCUUCUGAAAAAGAAUCCCAAAUGCCUGAAAGUUUUCUUUAAAAAAGAAAAAAGAAAAACUGUUUAGACCGUUAUCUAUAAAUAUACCGUAUUUUUAAUUUUGUGUAAUUGUACAUUUCAUGAAAGGCUGUCAGCUUCAAAGAGGAAGCGAAGAGGAGCUAACACAUGUCUAGAAAGAAUUGUCUCAUUAAAGAAUGUGGAUCUAUUGAUGAGU